AGUCGAAUACCCGUUCUGUUCGUGUUCGCGUUAGAUUUCCUGUCUAGUGCGUAGUGAGGCUGAGCGCAGUCGUCUGUGCUUCAGUCUAGCAGGCUCACCUACGAUUCGGUUUGCUGUGAAUUGAGUGAUCAGUUGCGAUCAUCAUGCUUCUUAAAUCUAAACAUGCGUCUCAAGUGCGGGGGCUCUUGCAAGACCUAGACUAUGAUGACCUGAACAGUAUUGUAUCAGCUUCGACAAAUGGCAAGAUUGAAGCGACUACGAAGAAAGAGGCAAUAGACAUCAUCCUGAUGAACACAUCUGACCUGGGGCGGUUUUUUGCUUAUCGACGAAUAACAUGUGAUGUAUUGUUCAAGUACCUCAACAAGUUACAAGCAAAAAAUAAAAAAAUAGAGUUACCAAUGAGAACAAGAAAGGCAGAAAUGAUUUUAAUUAUUAAAGAUUUCUGGGUGAAGUGUGUGAACAAAAACAGACAGAAACGAAAAAAAUACAAAAAAAGAAAGAAUUCUCCAAAGUUACCGAUAGGCCCAGCCUCCCAAAAACAAAAGGAAAAUGACUUGGUUAAUGAUAUAAAACAAAUAGAAAUAAAUGUCUCUAUAGCCAGUCAAAGUGAAAUUUUCAGUCAGAAGCAAUUUGUGGAGCAGGAAGAGAGGAAUGAUACCAAAUAUAAUUGCCCCACAAAAAAUAAAUGUAGGAGAAAUCUUAGGUCUGUCAGUCAUGCAGCAGCAAAAUUAGAUUUUGGUUUAAAAGAAACAUUUAAGGACAAAGCAGAUUCACACCUCAAGUCAGAAUUUGUAGGGGCAUUGUCUAUUCAGCAGUCUGUGAGUAUUCUGCAUGCCCUAAGAUAGAUUUGUUCCUUGCAAAUGUGUUGAACAGGGACAUAAAUGAUCAUAACAUGCAUUCCUUUUGUUUUAUCAAUUUUCACCAAUAGAAGAGUUUAUCUUGCCUGCCUAUUUGCUAUUUUUGGUUUUAAUCUCUCCAGAGAAACAAUUUUGAUAACAUUCUAAGUAGUUUUUCCCAUCAAUUUAAAAAUGCU